GGCCUCCGACGCAAGCGCAGCCAGUUUAACAUCAGACCGAGCGUAGGGCGGACGCCAUGCGAAAAAAAACGAACAAUUCAAAAAUCGAAACGAUCCACUAGACCGCGUUCCUAAAUCAAAAUUUAAAAGUGUCAAAACCCAACGCGAGAAAUUAAAAAGUUUACCUGUCAUUCCAAACCAUAUGGCCAGUCCAAGGAUGUGAACGUUUUUGAACCGUGCAUGUAAAGGAAUGUGGUUUUAGUGCCGAUGCCACAAGAGCGAGUGUUGUGUGCGUUUUGUUUUAUUUUUCAUUGUUUUUAAUGGUGGCGGUGUCAACCUUCGAAGGUGCCAGUCGGCGUAGGAUUUAAAAUUAGCUUUUUUCAAAAGACUGAAAUAUGUGGCGUGUGCUGCUAAUAACGACUCUGCUCGCGACUGGACGAUGCAAACAGUUACCACAGAGCAAAGAACUACAGACCACCACAGAAGUGACCACCGAAGACGACGCGACGUCAUGGCCCGCGCAAGCGCCGAUCGACGACUUCACAGUCGCGUGCGAGAGAGACAGCAUGCACAUCACCGUCUCGCUCGCGCAUGUGGACCGCAAGUUUGAUGAAAACAAUGACCUUUUCGACACGUUCAACGGUAUAGUCUACCCGGCCGGUCUGGGCAGCAACUCCUCCUGCCUCCGGGAGUACGAGCAUGCGAGGGGGGAACUGAAGUACACCCUCCCUCUUAUGGGGUGCAACACCAUGGCCAAGGACAAUGACGAUGGCACCGUAGAGUACCACAACAUGAUCAUCGUCCAGCCCCACCCCAAGAUCGUGACGGGCCAGGGCCGCGGGUACGAGGUUCGCUGCCGCUACCGCCGCCGUGACCUGAUGCAGUUCCACGUACUCCGACAGAACCGCGCGGGGAAGGCGCUGGCUGACCUUGACAGUGAUCUUCAAGACUUGGAGAAGGAGUUCGUCAUGCUUCCCUCUGUCACCAUGCAGCUGUUCAAAGGGGACCCUGAAGAUAAACAUGAGGUGUCCGAAGCGAAGGUGGGCGACACGGUGACCCUGGUGGUCUCCCUGGAGAAGCAGGAUAAUGUGGGCAUGCUGGUGCGGGAUUGCUACGUGCACGACGCGCUCGGGUGGGCGGAGCACAAGCUGAUCGACGAGGACGGAUGCCCACUGGACAGUGCAGUGAUGGGCGUAUUCCAGUACUCGGCCGAUAGCAUGCGGGCCCAGGUCUCUUUCUCAGCUCACAAGUUUGCGUGGAGCCCUAGCGUGUACUACACUUGUGGGGUGAAGCUGUGUAAGAAGGCUUGUCAACGAAAAUCUUGCGCCGACAAGAGCAGACGACCAAGAAGGGACCUGGAUGAAGGUUCCCCCGCUACUGUGGAGGUGUUCACCGGGCUCUACGUCAACGAGGCUGACUCGCUGGAGAGCGACGAGGUCACCAGUGAGAAGAAAGAAGACGAGAUCUGCAUAUCACAGCGUAACUUCGCCAUCGGGAUCUGCAUCGCCGGAGUCAUCCUGAUGAUUUGCGUCAUCGCGGCCAUAGCCUACAUACUGGCUCGCAGACGAAGCCCCAAGACUUACAGUCGGACUGGCAGUUCCUUGUACAGUGGGCCUUACACUAACACAGGGUACUCACAUACCAGCUAAGCUGGUGAAUGGACGCCGAUCGUCAGAAAGUCUCAAUGGACGCCGAUCGGCGGUCAGAGAACUUCAAUGGACGCCGAUCGCGGUCGUAUAGUUUUUGGCGGUUGACAGUAAUGCCAGAAAUUCUUGAAAAGGACACUAAAUACCAGAAAAAACCCAAUUAGUUCUCUUCUCGUUUUUAAAUUUAAACCGAUUGGCGUCCAUGCGUAGGUUUGUAUCAAGUGUAUUUUCAUGUGUUGAAAUUGGGUUUCAAAAAGUAUUUUUUAAAUGCCUCGCCAUCUUUAAAUAUGUGCGCGUAUUAAUGAGAGUCAAAUUAGUAUUUAAAAUUAUCUACAUCGAAUUUUUAAUGAUCG